ACUCAAUUAAAUUUUUUCUUAUAAUUUAUUUAUUUUGAGCACCACUGAACAAGAUCAAACAUAGGAAAACUUUGAAUUUUACAAAAAUAAGUGUAGUAAAAUUCAUUAAAAUAAAAACUGAAUAAAGGUCAUCCAGCUGAAAUAUUUAGGGUUACCUUACGUAUUAAAUCGCGAACACACUGAAUUGAUUUACUGAUUGGCAACCAGUACAAACAUUUCAUAAAAUGAAAAAUUAUUCUUAAAUUAAAUAACAUUAAAAAUAAUAAAAAUGUAGAAUAAUUCUUACGUAUUGUUUAUUAUUUUAUAUACAGUAAUCCACCAACUACCUGUCCCCUUUUUUCUUUGCAUUUUAAUAAUAUAAUGCGUAAUAUUUAACAUUCUAACACUUUCCACGUAAUUCACCGAAACUAAAUGUUCACAACCAUUAUUAAAUUAAUCAUGUUAUAAAUUAUAAUACGUUAUUGCAAGCAAUAUCAAAACGUUAAACAAUAUAUCUGUGCGUCACAUCCUACCGCACUUUAAUUGAUUUAUUCAAUUAUAAUAUUAUAUUGUUAUUAAUAUUGCGUUCCUAUAUAUAUUUAUAUAUAUAUAGCUACACACAACGUUUCUGCAGCAAUACCUAUUACUGAACAAUAUACAUAAUACAUAUAUCUAUUUAGCUUUACCCGUAUUAUAAUACACAAUCUGAUAAUAUAAACUUUGUUUCCUAUACGCAGUUGACUCCCUUUAAUGUAAGUGUAGGCUCAGUGGAGCCCACGUUAUCGUUAUGAUAACUUCCUAUGAUCAAUUAAUCGGCUAGUAAACAGAAAGGGCGCGGUGGGUAUUGGAGAUAUUCAGAUAUUUGAUUACAAGAUAAACUUAUACUUUAUACACACCUGUCAAAUAUAUAAUAUAUUUAUACAUAUUAACACCAAAUGCAGGUAAGUCAUGCGAAAUAAUAUAAUUAUUUGCCAUGAAUAAAUGAAUAAUUUCCGAAAAGUCGAGUGAAACACGGCAUAUGUGGUGAGAAUGACUCUAGUGCCGCCUAUCCCUAUAACAUGGCGAGUUUAUGGCGCGAGUGCCUAUUAUAAACGAUGACACAUUGUGUUGUGCAAACAAGUAACAGUGCCUUCUUGGACCUACAUCUGUAUACGGAUAAUAUUUUAAUUACGCAUUCAUAAUAUUUAUAUUUGAUGUUGAUAAAUCGUCGAUACAUAUUGUUCUUAAAUGUAUUAUAUAUACCUACAUAUAGCUUUCCAGGGGGCGCGACGACCACGGCACAAUACACCGGUGACACCGCUAUAUACCGUGGCAAGCCUAAUGUUUUAAACCAUGCCGAAAAAGGUGUGGUCCCGUUUUGCGAAAAAGAAGAGAAAAAAAGUAAAAUAAAAACCUAUUGAAAAAUAUUGAUUCCGGCGCCCGCGAGAGAGAGAUACUGCGGCCUUGGCCGGCGUGUCUCUUUGGCGCGCGCACGCGAGACCUCACGCCGGCCGAUAUAUAAUAAUGUAUAAUAAAGUCUAUAUAGAUAUAACGUUUUCGCACCAAGCUAUCAGUGGGUCGACAAAACCAAUACGCAAAGUUCAUCUGUCCGGAAAUCGGCCAAGUUCAUUACAAAAAUAUACCGGUAACGUGUCGUAUAUAUGCAAAUACUGCAGUCGCAGUUCAUUACAUAUAUAAUAUUGUAUAACACAACGUUUAUGUGUGCGUGUAUUAAUUAUCGUAAUAAUAGAAAAUUGUAGGUAGCGCGGGGGCGUUGAUCUGGUCAAAUCUUUGAGGAGGGGUUCGGUCGUUUCAAAAAUCACGAUAAAGGCGUGGGUGUAUUUUUCGGGAGGCCUUUGGAAAUAUUCGAGAGGCCAAGCCCUUGUCCGCGAUUUCCGCCCUCCGGUCACCGUCGCACGCGUUCAAGUGACAUUAUGUAGGUAGGUCGACACGACAUGCGUGUACACCGCAUCAAAUCAUAUUUGUGUGUAACCAUACAACGGUGUUGUGUCAUCGGUUAGGCGCGGGCGGAGGAUAAAAAAUAAAUACGUUUCGAGCAAACCGUAUUAUAUAGUCGCACAUGAUGCAUCCAUUGUAAAACCCUGUCAAGGCUAUACGCGGACUGUUGUGGGUGUGUGCAGUAUAUCUACACAUGUAUAAAUAUAGCCACAUAUAGGUAUAUACAGCGUGUAAUAAUAUGUUGUGGCAUUGACGAUAACCGUCACGCACGCACACGGUGUAUAUAUAAUACGACAUGUAUAUAUGUGCAUUAUAAUAUACGUACGUAAUAAUAAUAUAUAUAUAUAUACAAACGCUAAAAUAAAACCGAGACGAACUAGGUUAAUCAAUAGGCGCGCGCGCGCCGUGCGGUGACAUCGGGACGACGGCAGCCAUCGAUGGUCGCACGGCGCGGUCCAUCGAUGGUUGUGCGACCCGCACAUCGAUAGUGGCGCUUGACGCCGUGGUUGCGGGGUCGAACACGCUCACGGCGGCAACGCCAGCGCGCUUGACGCCGCCGCCGCCGCGCUAAAAAUAUACAAUCGCGGCUCGGACGAGGCGUUUCGGUACCGCGCGCGCACAUCGAUCAUUUGCCGCCGCCGCCGCCGCGCUACCGUUUUCGCCGUCGACGGCGCGGCCGCCGCUUGCAGUGCGACGACGAGUUGUGUGCAUAAUAAUAAUAAUAAUAAUAAUAGUAAUCAUAUCUAUAGCCGGCGAAAGAGAAUCUCUCGAUUGGCACCGCGGAAGAAACGAGCCGAUAGGUACGAGAAGACCCGCUGCGUCGGCUGGUCGACACACACAUACACGUUAAUACGCCGACGAACGGACAUCGUAGCGCCGGACGGGCGAUUGGCGACGGUGCAACAGGAGACGACGGCGGCGGGAAACGGACAUGUUAUGCGGCCCGGUAGUCGGGUCGGCGAUGCAGCAGGCGAGUGUUCGUCGUCUUCGUCGUUAAUAACGUCAUGUACGCGUCAUCGUCUGCCGACAAGUACGGCUCCGGCAGGACCUCGACUGCCAAGACGUACCAUCACCAUCACCUCCAUCACCUGCACCACCACCACGUCGGCACGUCGUCGUCGUCGUCUUCGUCGUCGUACGCGUUGUCGUCCGAGCUGAGCGCCGACCGGCGGUCCAGGGCAUACAGCAGCGCGCCGAGACAGGUGACGCCGGUCAGGUCCACCGCGGCCUCGUCGUCCCGGUUGACGGACAUAAACGGCAACAUCCGGUCACUGAGCCUGAGCAAGAGCCUGUCGCCGGGGUCGUCGUAUUCUGCGACCAGCGGUGGCGGAUCGGCGACACUAGGUUCUGCUCGCGGAGAAAUCGGCGGAAAGACCGCUGGUGCAGCCACACUGCUGCAGCUAGGCAACGACAAUAAACGGUAUGACGCAACGAAAAAACGUUUGGACGCGUUCUACAACAACAGAUCGCCGUCGUCGUUGCUGAACAAGUCGUACAAUUACAAAGCUGGCAACUUGUCGUACUUCGAAAAGUACAACAAACAGCAGCAGCAAGACUCUCCUCCGCCCAGCGAACCAUUACAGCAAUCCAGAUAUGUCAACAUGAAUAGGACAAAUUACGGUUCCAUCACGGACAACGGAGCACUGCACCCGGAGUCGUCGUCGUCCGCGUACAGGUCGGUGUCCGAUUCGAAAAAGGGGGUGGUCGGCAUCCGGAACAUAGGAAACACGUGCUACAUGAACUCUGUGCUGCAGUGCCUAAGCAACACCAAGAGCCUGACGGACAGCGUACUGGCCGACGUGGACGGGGCCGACGGCAAGCUGAUCCGGGUGUACCGGGAUCUCUUAUCCCGAAUUUGGACCUCCGCCGACAGCCAUCCGGUGGACACUACUGCGUUCAAGUCGGCUUUCCAGCGGCUGUCCCCGCGGUUCGCCGGCUACGAGCAGCAAGACGCUCAGGAGUUCCUGCGACUGUUGCUCGACCGACUGCACAUGGACGUUAACAGGGUGAAGGUCAAGCCCCGGGCCAUGCCGGACGUGGACGAGACGCUUAAGGACAAUGCGCUGGCCGCCGAGUUCUGGCAGAGGUACCUGGUCACGGACAACAGUACCGUGGUCGACCUGUUUGCUGGCCAGCUCAAGUCCACACUCGAGUGUUCCUCGUGUGGCCACAAGAGUAUUACGUUCGAGGUGUUUUGGGAUGUGUCGCUGCCACUGCCGUCCAGCGGAUCGGCUAACGUAGUGUCCAUUAACGACCUGCUGCACAAUUUCACGCAGGAAGAGGUGUUGGACUUCCGCGAACGGCCUCGAUGCAGCGUCUGCAAGGUGGACAGGAAGAUGUUCAAGUCGUACCGGUUCCAACGGUUGCCCAGGUACCUAGUGCUGCACCUCAAGCGUUUCCAAGGCACGCAUUCGUACAAGAAGAUCACGUCGCUGGUGGCGUUCCCGUCAGUGUCCCUGGACAUGAGUCCGUACGUGUCCGGCACGGCCCGGAGCAUACAGCCGCACGCUUGCAAGUACAACCUGUACGCGGUGUCCAACCACACGGGCACGCCGAUCGCCGGGCAUUAUACCGCCAUGUGCAAGCACCCAGUCACCGGCGACUGGAACUUCUUCAACGACAGUUCCGUCUCACGGAUCACGUCGUCCGCGAAACUCAUAAGCAACGAGGCGUAUAUACUGUUUUACGAAGCCGCGAAUUAUUAAUUAGCCGAUGAAAUCAGGUUUACAAAUUGUUAUUUUUAUUUAAUUUUUUUGAUAUCCGUCCAUAGAUCGAGGCUUGACAUGGAAACUAUACAUACAUAUAUAUAUAUAUUAUGUGUACCUAGUACCUACCAAUCUAUAUCAUAUUAUGUUAUGGUAACUGCUGUCGCGUACGACGUUUCAACUUUGUACGAAAUAUUGCAAUACUUCUACAGUCUACACCAGGGGUAGCGACCCUAUAGCACCUUUUGCCAAAUUUCAAUGCGUUCAGAACUAAUUAAAAUAUUUUUUUGACAUAUUUCAUAACAUUUUGUCUGAUAUUUCAUAAAUUAAAAGUUAACGAAUAAACGUUUGAUAAAAUGUGUAUAGUAAUUAUUGCUUACCUUUUUUUAUUUUUAUGUAAAAAUGCCUUUUUCGUGGGAGUGGGCAAGCAAUUAAACUAAAAAUUGUUUUUUAAUUUUGGCACUUGACCCGAAAUAGGCUGGCCACCCCUGGUCUACUCUAUACACUUGCAAUCCGCAUGUGUAUAUAUAUAUAUGCGUUAUAUUAUAGAGUAUAAUAGUAUAAAAUUAUUUUUUACCAACGUGUAGUUGGUAGCAGCAGUACUUAUCAAGUGCACGACUUCCUAGUCAAAUAUCUCGAGGAAUAAGGUGGGAAUGGGACACACGAGUGGGGAAAGGUUUACCAAGGUUUUAUUUUAAUAGAUAACUAUGUAUAUAUAGACAUAGCUAAUAGCAAUAUAGGUAAAAUAGGUGUACCUACAGUGUACAACACACGUUUCAUUGUCACGUUAGACUAUAAAUUAAAGUCUAACGUGAUACAUUAUAAUGUAUUAUAUUAUUGUACAUUGGUAUUUAGUAUAUUAUAAUGUAAUACAUAUACAUUUUCGAGUACAUACCUAUUACAUAAUAAGUACCUAAAUAACUAAUGUAGGUAUUAUAUAACCAGGGUAAGGUCAAGAUAAAUUAUGUGACAUUUAUGUUCUGCAAAACCACUAAUUUCGGUUGAGUAUAGUGUUCAUUGGUGCAAAUAUAGGAUCGAAUUUCUAAUAAAAUGUACACAAACAAUUUCUUAUCAAUUCCUUAAAACUGUAAAUUAUUAUUAAUUUGUAAUGGUUGAAGAGGGGAGGGUGGCAGCUCCCUUCGUUGAGCCAGUAAUAUUGUUACGUUAUUGUAUAAGAGUUGUUAUAAUACUCGUACGAUUCAUGAGCUCAGUUAGUAAGUUAUGUACUAAUUAAAUUGAAUAAUAUAAUUUAGUUAACAUUGGUAAAACGAUGGUUUAAAAAACAAUAAUUUUUGAUCAGCGGUUGAUUGAUAAGUAUGAUAGGUACUGUAUGAUAUUCUAAUAUAUCACAUUAAUAAUAGUCAAAAUUGAAUUUCUGAACGGUGAAACUUAAGAAAAUAAAAUUGUGAACCAAACACUUGCAUCUUUACAAGUUGAUCAUUAAAUUAUUUUUUGUCUUAAAAUUUAUUUUCUAGUGACAUUUGACUAUAAUUUUGUUUAUAUUAUGCUGAUGUUAUUUUAACAGCUUCAAAAGUUAUAUUUCUUUUACUUAAGAUUCUACUCUUAGAAAUCUUUUACUAUACCUACAUUCUAACAAGCUUGAGAUUUGAUACUAUUUCAUAAUAUGUUCAGCAAAUAUUUAUUUUUCUUCUUCUUCACUUAUACCCUUUAAAAAAGCCGAUUAAAUAGUAAAAGAUGAAUAGUAAUAUGUGACUACUUUUAAAAACAGUUUUUUUAUUUUUACUCAUAACUUUGUAUUUAAUUUUUUCCUGUGUACUUAUUUUUAUAUUAACAACAAAUUAAAUUUUGUUCUGCUUGGAUAAAAUGAUUAAUAUAUUGGCAACUUAUAAGAGAUAACUGUUAAACUAGGGUUACCUUAGUUAAUAAGAAUACAAAAUGUAUAAAUAUAAAUACAUAAUAUUAUAUUGACAGUUUAAUUUAUACAAUUUUAUCAAAAGUUAACUUUGUUUUGCACUAAUUAAAAGUUUUUCCUACAAUUUAUGUAAAAAGUUAAAAUUAUUAAUGGAGACUUACUACUUUUAUCAUAUUAGUGUCUAUAAUUGUGUACAUAUGAUUUAUAAACAUUUGUUAUUUUUCUUGUUCCUUAGUAACUUAUUAAAACAGAUUAUUAUUGUU